AUGUUAUCAUUGUUUGAUGAAGUGAAUAACAACAAUGCUAUCACAACAAUCUUGCUGAAUGUCAAUAAAGAGGUUGAUGUAUUUAAAAAUAUGUAUCACAUAUUUAAAAUCUUUCUACUGUUAAUUACCGCACAUCAUUCAUGGACAUCUAAGUACUAUUGCGGUCCUUCUGAUAAUGCAUUUUAUCGGUUCCUAUCUCAACUACUCACCAUACCGUGCGAACAGCAUCGCAUAAAUUCCUGUUGCUUGAAGCAUGAUCAGUGUUAUGACGAUUGCAGCGUCACACAGCUCGCUUGCGACACCUUAUUCUGCGACUGUUUAAAAAAUAUCCAAACUAAUUUUUAUUGUAGGAGAAUAAUACAACCAAUACAUUGCAAUUUCCCUCAAUGGUUCGGCAAAUCCUACAAAUGCAACUCACGGAGAGAAAGAUGUACUCUCGAAAAUGAAAGUGAAGACAAGAACAGAACUCAGUAG